AAAGGAGAAUGUGGUGGAUGGGAAAGGGAGUCGUUGUAGCGGGGGUUACGCUGCCUCUGCCAGGGAGUGGCGCCCCGUGGUGGCGUUUGUGGGAAAAGGACAUCAGAGCCUGGUGGGCUUCAACGGCGUCUUGGGGGCGGCGUGUUUUGUCUCCACCGUAGUGGCCGGCUCCGUUUGUCUCGUAGCGGCCAGCAAGGCUCCGAGGGUCCAGUUGCACCGAUCGUCCUUUAUACGAGACCUGACCUUCUUCCUCCUCUCUGUCUUGGCACUGUGUGUGCUGGUAUGGCAACGCGCGGUGCAUCUACCACACGCACUGCUCUUCUUUGCCAUCUACCCGGCCUACUGCCUCGCUGUCGCGCUCUCCCACUGCCUGCCAACAUCGGAGGCACGCACCCCCAGAUUCCAGAUCCACCCCUUCAUCCGCUCAGUGUCUCAAGCCACGAUACCCCACUGGCUGUGGACGCAUGAACGAUCUCUCUUCCACUCGCGUCUGCACACCCACCACUACCUCCACCCCAGCACCUACCUCCCCCUCCCCUUCAUCUUCUCCCGGGAGAAUUCGGCCAAUAGCGACGCGCCACCUGGCCACGUGGAGGCCGAGGACGUGACAGCUGGCAGCUGCUCAGUGGUGCUGCCGCCCCGCCUGCUGUCCCCGCCUGUAUCCUCCUCCCCGUCCCGCACCGCUCCCCCCGUGCUCCACUCGGCUGCCUCUGCUGAUUUUUCCGGGGCUGAUGAUGCAUAUACUGCUGCUGCUGCUGGUAGUGCUGGUGCUGGUGCUGCCGGUGCUUCUACUGCUGCUGGUGGUGUGACUACUGCUGCUGCUGGUGCUGCUCGUAGUGGUGGUAACCGCUUGGCCCCGAGCGUAACAGAUGACCUGAGAGAACCGCUGUGGGGGUAUGACGAGGAGAUGGAAGACCCUGAGCUGCGCCCCUGGACCUUUGCCGGAUUCUGCGAGUACUUCAUAAAGUUCCCGCUCACGCUGCCCCUUCUCUGCUCCAUCCCAGUCCACCACAAAGACGAGUGGUCCAAACCCUUUGCACUCGCCUCCUCCCUCCUCUCGCCCCUCCUCUUCACCACCUUUGUCCUGGGUGCUGAUUCCGAUCGCCUGGCCUUUAUCCUCGCCGCUUGCCUCGGGGUUUUCCUCGCCUGUCUGACAUACUACACUACGGAAGAGGAAUCCCCGCCGCAGUCCUUUCUACCCGCUUUACUCUGGGUAACUGCCAGUUUUGCCAUGUCCGUCGUCUGGUUUUAUGCGCUCGCGAACGAACUCGUGGCGCUCCUGGUCUCCCUGGGGGUAAUCCUCGGAAUUUCCCCUCCAAUUUUGGCGCUGACCGUCCUCGCGUGGGGUAACUCAGUCGGGGAUCUAGUCGCCAAUUUGUCCUUUGCUGCCAGUGGCGACCAAUCACGGCUGCAGAUCGCCUGGUCGGGCUGCUUCGCCGGCCCUCUUUUCAACACGCUGGUCGGCCUGGGCUUGUCUUUAGUGCUCGCCUGCUGGUCCAGAUACCCUGAACCUUACGUGGUUCCUGUGGAUCACACCCUCCUAUUCACCCUCGGGUUUCUCUUCCUCGUGUUGCUCUUUGUGCUGGUUCGGCUGGGUUGGUUGGGAGACAGGGGAGAAGAUCCUGUGGGUGGGAUUGGAGGAAGGGGUGGGAUUUGGGGAGGGGAUGGGGGAGGAAGCAGGGGCAUAGGAGUGGCUGGUGGUGGUACUAAUGGGUAUGUUAGAAGUGGGGAGUUUGGUAGCAGCGGCAGUAAUGACAGCAGUAUAGGGAGGGGAAGCUCGGGCAGAGGGGGGAGCAGAGGAGUGGUGCUGGACAAGAGAACAGGAGUUGUUCUUGUGGCGGCUUACUCAAGUAGAGAGAGGAAUGAGUCAGCGGAGGGGAUGAGAUAUUGCACCUGUCUCCCCCUGCCUCUCCCCCUGCCUGUCUCCCCCUGCCUGUCUCCCCCUGCCUGUCUCCCCCUGCCUGUCUCCCCCUGCCUGUUUAAUAUUCUCUCCCCGCUUUCCCGCCUUCCCUUCCGCCCCUCUCCCCCUCGUCCCUCCUCUUCCCCCUGUCCCUCUUCUCCCACACCCAAGCAGCAAGUGCUGGUGCGUUUCUUUGGCUUUGCAGGCGAGGAGGAGAGUGGGUAUCGGCUCCAAGUGCUAGUGCGAUUCUUCGGCUUUGCAGACGAGGAAGACGAGUGGGUGUCUGCCCGCCUCUCCGUGCGCCCGCGCUCCGAGUGCGUUAUGCCGUGCUGCCUGCCUGCCUGCCUGGGGACGUGCUACCUCUCACUCACUCCCUGUCUGCUACUGAAUGUUUCCAUUCCCUCCCCCAUUAUCCUGCUGCCCACUCCCCAACCCUUCUUCUCCCCUACACCCGAGCAGCAAGUGUUGGUGCGUUUCUUUGGCUUUGCAGACGAGGAGGACGAGUGGGUAUCAGCCCGUCUCUCCGUGCGCCCACGCUCCCUCCCCUGCGAGGGCUCCGAGUGCCAAGUACUAGUGCGUUUCUUUGGCUUUGCAGACGAGGAAGACGAGUGGGUAUCUGCCCGCCUCUCCGUGCGCCCGCGCUCCAUCCCCUGCGAGGGCUCCGAGUGUGUCGCCGUGUUGCCUGGGGACGUUGUGCUCUGCUUCCAGGAAGCUUCCGACCAGGCGCUGUAUUUCGAUGCUGAUGUGAGGGAUGUGCAGAGGAGAAGGCAUGACGUGAGGGGGUGUAGGUGCCGGUUCUGGGUGCGAUACCGGCACGACAACACCGAGGAGGUGGUACCUUUGCGCAAGAUCUGCCGAAGGCCCGAAACAGAGUAUCGAGUGAAGGCAGCACAGCAGGUGACCAAGGCGGUGGGGCAAGGGGAGGGGAAGAAGGCGAGCGUGAAGCAGAGUAAAGGCAAUUAA